AUGGUGAAGAAAAAGGUACCAGAUUGGCUUAACAGCUCGCUCUGGUCCACCACUCCUUCCUCCUCCUCCUCCACCUCCACCUCCACCCCCACCAUCUCCUCCUCCGACACCAAUCGCUUCGACCAGCACUCAUCCCCCACCACCGCCUCUCCACUAAUCGAAUCCCCAAUCGAUCCACCGCUAGUUCCUGCGGCUAUCAGAGACGAGCAACAACAGCAACCGCCGCGUCAUCAUCAUCUCCAUCAUAAUUAUCAUCCGCAAAAACCUGAGAUUAAAGAUAAGCAUUCGAAAACCAGCAUCGUUAUCGACAACAGCAAUAAUAAUAAUAAUAAUGAGGAUAUUUCAAAGCAGGCUCUGCUUUUAACUGAGUUAUCAAGGAAGGUGAUAAAUAUGGGGGAAUUAAGGAGAAUUGCUUCUCAAGGAAUACCCGAUGGUGCUGGUAUUCGUUCCACGGUUUGGAAGCUCUUGUUGGGGUAUUUACCGCCUGAUCGUUCGCUUUGGUCAUCUGAAUUGGCUAAGAAGAGAUCUCAGUACAAGCAUUUUAAAGAGGAGCUUUUGAUGAAUCCUUCAGAAAUAACAAGGAGGUUGGAGAAAACCACUGUUAUUGACAAUGAUGAUGGAAAAUCUGAAAGCCGUCGUGUGCUCUCAAGAUCAGAGAUACCUCAUGGGGAGCAUCCUUUGAGCCUUGGGAAAAGCAGUGUUUGGAAUCAAUUCUUUCAGGACUCAGAGAUCAUAGAGCAGAUUGAUCGAGAUGUGAAACGCACUCAUCCAGACCUGCACUUCUUUUCUGGCGACACAUCAUUUGCAAAAUCUAAUCAGGAGGCCUUGAGAAACAUACUGAUUGUAUUUGCAAAGUUAAAUCCGGGUAUACGAUAUGUACAAGGGAUGAAUGAAAUUUUGGCACCGCUGUUCUACGUAUUAAAAAAUGACCCUGAUGAGGAAAUGGCGGCCUGUGCAGAAGCAGACACAUUUUUCUGCUUUGUCGAGUUAUUGAGUGGAUUCCGGGAUCAUUUCUGUCAGCAACUUGACAACAGUGUUGUGGGAAUUCGUUCAACUAUUACAAGAUUGUCGCAGCUUCUGAAGGAGCAUGAUGAAGAACUUUGGCGUCAUCUUGAGGUCACAACUAAAGUCAACCCCCAGUUUUACGCAUUUCGGUGGAUUACUCUCCUCUUGACUCAGGAGUUCAAUUUCGCAGAUAGUCUUCAUAUUUGGGACACACUUCUAAGUGACCCCGAGGGCCCCCAGGAGACAUUGCUCAGGGUAUGUUGUGCAAUGCUGAUUCUCAUUCGGAGGCGUAUACUAGCAGGGGAUUUCACUUCUAUUCUCAAGCUACUCCAGAACUAUCCCCCAACAAACAUUAGUCAUUUGCUCUAUGUUGCAAACAAGUUGCGUGGUCAACCAUCACACUAA